AUGGCGUCCUGGUAUGUGUUAGAACCCUCGGUGAUGUCGACACGCGCUGUAAACAGACUGGAGAGUGUUUCAACACGCAAGUCGAAAGCACCGGCACACAAAUCUCAACUUAAACUUUCCAUUGGCGAUCCCACACAUGACGGCAAUCUUGUGGCGCCUACUGUCGUGGUCGACGCUUUUGUGCGGUGCGUGGAGGGUAACCAGCACAACAAGUAUCCACCUGUGGCGGGUUUGCCUGAGGCACGUCAGGCGGUGGCGGAGUAUUGGGGGAAAAACUUUGCGGAACAACAGGCAGCGCACUGCAAGGCGGAAAAUGUUUUAAUUUCAUGUGGCGUGUCGCAUGCUCUUGUCAUGGCUUUGACGGCAUUGUGUGAUGAGGGGGACAACAUACUUGUCCCGAUGCCCUGUUUUCCUUUUUAUGACUUUAUGUCUGAUAUCCAUGCAGUUGAGGCGAGGCAUUAUCGUUGUAAGGAAGAUGGUAACUGGGAGAUUGACUUUGAUCAUUUGCGAAGCCUUGUUGAUGGUAAGACGAAGGCGAUUUUGGUGAACAAUCCCUCUAACCCGUCUGGCAGUAACUUUUCGCGGCAACACAUUGCGGAGCUUAUCCGUGUGUGUGAGGAACUGCGUCUCCCGCUGAUUUCGGAUGAGGUCUACGCGGGACUGGUGUUUUCCGGUGAAGCGUUUACCUCCGUGGCGGCAUUUGACACGCACGUGCCGCGCUUCAUUCUGAGCGGCCUUUCAAAGGUGUUUAUGAUCCCUGGAUGGCGCCUUGGCUGGGUCCUUCUCAUGGACACACACGGCUACGCCAAGUCUGUCGUGCGUGGGAUGCUGAACCUCUGCUCCAUAACGCUGGGCCCAUGUGCAUUGGUUCAAGGGGCACUACCAGCGAUUUUGUCCCAGACACCGGAGUCGUACUUUGCGCGAAACAUUGAGGAGCUGCGUGAGAAUGCGAUUUGUCUUGCUGAUGCGAUACAACACUCUCCCGGCCUGUCGUGCACAGUGCCGCAGGGAUCGAUGUUUAUCAUGGUGAAGGUCAACACCGACCUCUUCGAAGACAUCAAAGAUGACUUUUCCUUUUACGAAAAGCUAGAGGAUGAAGAGAAUGUGCAGGUGGUCCCUGGAGAGUUCUUUCACAUGCAUGGCUACUUCCGCGUCGUUGUGUCGCGCCCAAAAAAGGUUGUGGUUGAGGUCGCUGCACGCAUUCAUAACUUUUGCGAGCGACACAAAAAGCGCGAUGGGGCGGAAGGAAGAAGCAGCAAAUAG